AUGAUUAUAUUCGAUGACCAUAAGAGGGCCAGUGCUGUACAGUUCGAUAGGUUCUCAUUAUCAUACGUGGUGUACGCAAACCGGGAGAUCGUCGUGACGGCCGGUGCCAUCAAUUCCCCCCAAUUGCUUAUGUUGUCUGGCAUUGGACCCAAAGAGCACCUCAAAUCGUUUGGAAUACCAGUGGUGGCUGAUCUGCCCGUGGGCUACAACCUUCAGGACCACAUAUACGCUGGCGGUCCGUUGACAUCACUGGGCGGAGUGGAAGGGCUCGCGUUUGUGAACACCAAAUAUGCAAACGUUUCGGACGAUUAUCCAGACUUUGAGAUCCAUAUGUCGUCGGCCACAUGUACUACCGAUGAUGGCCGGGGACUCAAACAGUAUGCGGGGCUCACCGAUGAGGUAUACAAUCAGGUGUAUAAGCCAUACGCCACGAGUGAAUCAUUUAGUUUGGAUCCCGUUAUGCUUCGCCCUAAAAGCCGGGGUUACGUAAAGCUGCGUUCCGUCAACCCAUACGACCAUCCAAUCAUUGACCCGAAAUACUUCUCACAUCCGGAAGACAUUCACUUAAUGGUUGAGGGCAUGAAGCUAUCCAUAGCUAUCGGUAUAUCUCCUCCGUUCCGCAAAUAUAAUUCGCAACUCUUUAAGACCCAAUUUCCCGGCUGUGAGUCCUAUCCCUUCCUGAGCGACGAGUACUUGGCGUGUGUGGCCAGGAGUUACACCGCAACCAUAUAUCACCCGACGGGCACCUGUAAAAUGGGUCCCCAUUGGGACCGUACGUCCGUUGUUGACCCCCGACUCAAAGUGCUGGGCGUCCGCGGCCUCCGAGUGGCCGACGCCUCCAUAAUGCCGACCAUUGUCUCCGGCAAUACUAACGCACCCGUCAUUAUGAUCGCCGAAAGGACAGCCGAUUUUAUUAAAGCUGAAAAAACAAGCGAUUCAAUCAAAUUGGCGGCACAUAUAUAAACGAUAGACACGUCUGUCCUAUGAUUUACUUUUUAUAUUGUUAUAAACGAAACAAAACAAAAUUAACUCAUCUGUAGUCAGAUUUUUUGUUUCUUUUUCAUUCACUGAAAGCACAC